AUGACCACCAAGCCCUUGGGAGAGGCCAGAGCUGCCAGCUUCCCCACACAUGGCAACAAUAUGUCUAUGGACAGCCCGACAGUGGGAUCCCAAAGUCAGGUCCCCCUCCCUGCAGCGGUCCCAGCAGCUAGUGGCACUGCAGCUGAACAGCAGGAUGUAGAUCAAAACUCCAUGAAGCCAGUCACCUCUGAGGCCACAUCAGCAUCUGGGGACAAGGACAAACCUGAAGCAGCUACCGGACACAGCCAGGAGCCCAAGAAGGCCACCGCCCUGCUUGCCCAGCCAGCCCCAGAUGCCCUGCAAACAUCCGUGAGCCCCCAGAACCUGGUGUGGGAUGAACAGGUGCAAGAUUUCGUGAUGACUCAGAGUCCUCAGGGUUUCCAGCCUGACUCCCUGAGGAAGGAGGAGGCACCACAAACAGCGGGUAUCUCAGACGAGGAGCAGGAAUUAGAACCAACCACACCAAGUGCUAAGGUACAGUCCCCCAAAACUGCGGAGGCUCAGCCCGCUGUGAGCUCUGCUGACUCCAGUGGACAGCCUGACGUUCAGGCCACCAGCACCGUUGGAACUGUUAAGGAGAAACCUGAGGGUCCAGAGGCCUUGAACCCUGACCCUGAUGUUUUGCCAGAAGCCAAGUCCACGGUAGCGACUGAGGGGGAUCUGGUGGGCCGCUCUGGAGACCUGCAGGCUGGGCCGUUCUCUCCCUCCCCUGGAGGCAGUGCCCCACCCUCGCCUGGUCCCCACCCAGUGGCCAGGGAGAGGAGGCCCCUGGACUCCAGCCUGUAUGUGGCCAGCAAGCAGGACAGCUCCGUGUGCUCCAGGACCAGUGUGCUGGGUGGGGGUGAGGACUCAGCCUGCUCCCUGGCAGACAUCCUGGUGUGGUCUGAGACCACCAUGGGCCUGGCCGCAGGCUUCCUGGCCUCUGCCUGCAGUUCUGUGACAGACCUGCUGCACAGCACAAGGCCCAGCCUGCGCUCCGUCUCCAGCAUCCUAGGGAACGCCACCACGACCUUUUCCUCCAGCCUGGCAUCUGGGACAAGCUUGGUCCUGCGCUCAGUCACCCACGUGCUGGAGAUGGUGGGGCAGAUGACGAUGGAAGGCUUCCGCUCAGCCGUGCGCUACCUCGCCAGCCACCUGGCCCCACGCGGGGCCCAUGCCGGCUCCAACUGUGACUAG